AUGUUAAGCAUUUCCGUGACAGCUUUCGUGGCUGUAUUAAUAUUUCUCCUCUAUUGCCUCAUAUACAGCCCGCUAUAUACAAGUCCCCUGCACAAAAUUCCAGGCCCAAAGGCCUACGCAAUAACGAAAUGGCGACUCGCACUCGAUGACUACCGUGGAGUUAGAACACGAUCUAUACAUGCCUUACACCAGAAAUACGGAAAAGCAGUACGAAUUAGUCCGAAUGAGGUGUCAUUCUCCUCCCUUUCUGCUUUGAAAACUAUCUACGGCGCCGGCUCGGGUUUUGAGAGAACAGACUUCUAUAGAAUGUUCGACGUCUAUGGACGCCAGAAUCUGUUCACAUUUGCGGGAGUCAAGCAGCACGCUGACAGGAAGAAGCUGCUUGCCCACGCCUACUCCAAAAGCGCUAUUCUGUCACCCAACGCAAUUGCUAAACCCCUCAUUGAGAGAAACGUUAAUAGCUACUUAGAACUCCUUGAGCGCGAAAAGUGUGUCAGUGAGGAGAUAUUUCAGAGUCUACAUUGGUUCAGUCUUGACAGUAUCACUGGGUUUCUGUAUGGUGAUCAACACGGAGGCACGCGCGCGCUUAGGGGGGAUUUAGAGCAUAGAGCCCUCCUAUAUGAUAUUAUGGACCCUAGUCGAAGAUUAUUGAGCUGGUAUGGCGUACACUUGAAAGCAUAUACGAAAUGGCUUUACACACGGACGGGACUCAUGGAGAGAAUAGUCGCCAAAUUGGGGCUGCUGCCCAUGAAAAAACCGGCAAUUUAUACAGGCAUUCGAGCCCAUGCUCUGAAGGCUUGGACUGGAUUUAAAACCACCACUGGGCCGGAGAAUUUCUCAACAACAGCAACAGCUCAAGACCCAUCCAUCAUGCAGAAGUUAUGGAGAUACAGCCAGUCCGGCAAGGGUGACCUGCUUGACGGUCUUGACAUAGCUUCUGAAGCAGCAGAUCAUUCCUUAGCAGGUAUCGAUACAACAAGCGACACUCUAAUGUUCGCAAUAUGGGUACUCUCACUCCCUGUAAACAAGAUCUACCAAGAGAGAUUAAUUCGGGAAGUCGACAAUAUUCCGGUUGUGGAUUGUAAUGCAGAAGGUGGCAAUCCCAGGGCCGAAGUAGCAGAUAAAUUGCCAUAUUUGGAUGCUAUCAUCAAGGAGACUCUUCGUCUCUAUGCACCUUUGCCGGCGUCAGAACCGCGGUCAUCCUUGGUGGACAUUGAGAUUGACGGAUAUCUAAUCCCGGCGGGCACAGUGGUUAGUAUGUCGCCAUACACACUUCAUAGAAACGCGGAGGUGUUUCCGGAGCCGUUAAAGUUUGACCCGGAGAGGUGGUUAAAUGAGGAUUGUGUGGAAAUGAAGAAGUGGUUUUGGGCAUUUUCGAGCGGAGGAAGGAUGUGUAUUGGGUUGCACCUUGCUAUGGCAGAAAUGACGACUCUACUUGCCGCUAUUUACAGACGGUACACAACAAGUGAGUGCAAACGACAACGGGGCGUAAGCCCUGGAAUCACGAGCCGGUUUGAAGUCUUUUAUGAUGAGAGUCAGCCCAGAUUUAAGAUACUGAUGGCUACAGGAGCAUGA